AUGCAUCCCUUCAUUAAAUAUAGAUAUGAUAAAUUUUGUACAAUGGAAAAGUUAACGCGUAUUCCAUUAAUUAACAUUCCAUCAUACUCGAUCAUUUGUAAUACCCCUCCAGCAUCCUCAGUUGCUGAUAUCGAGUCCGGUAAAUCCCAGGAAUAUACAUUAACGAAGUCUUCUGGAUCUGGAUCUGGAAAACUUUCAUAUGUUACUGAAGAUCUUGUGUUUGUAUUAUUAUUAUUAUUGCGGUCUGAAGAAGCAGAUGAGGACCGGUUACGUGAUCUAAGGAACAGCACAUUAGUUAAAGUCUGUGUAGUAAGCGUGAAAUUUCCACUUUUAGUUCUAGCAGAGGAGGUUACUAGCGAAAUUUCUGAAUUCACAACUCAACAUUCAACUAAACCUUUACCAACUACUUCAAACAUCAAAGAACACGACUUAUUAAAUGAUGAUAAGGCCAAUGGAUAUAGUAUAGGAGGAAGCGAGGGUGGUAGUGGAGUAGAUGAUCAUGAAAAAAAGAUAUGGAGAGAUGAAUCGAUGAUUGGCAGUGAAAAGGAUGAAACGGGAGGAUCGAUUGAACAAAUACGCUCGAUGACAAAAGAAAGCGCUAAUCCAAAUUUCUCGAGUACUUGUUUCUUAUAA